GGAGAGCGGAGACAAGGAGUGGAGAAGGACACAACAGAAACAGCCGCAACAGCUCAGAUGAAGAUGAAUGUGUUCUUGGUGCUCAGCUGUGUGGUCCUCGUUGCCACGGAGUACUCCCCAAGCUCCGCCCACAUGGUCCCGGACAACAGCCUCUCCACCAAUCACGUGGUAGUAUCCAAUGCCCUGAGCCAGAGCCUGGACGCCCGCUCUCCGCCUGUGGUCAUUGUAGAACUACCAAAAGUAAAGAAAAGUAAAAGAACAAAGAAACAGAAAAAGAAUACCAGAGCCCGUAAGGUGCCUCCGCCCGCUAACUGUAUUCCUUUGGGCAACAGCUGUAAAUCGUCCAACUCUGUGUGCUGUGACUUCUGUGCCUUCUGCCAGUGUCGCCUGUUCAGAACCGUUUGCUACUGUCGUAUGGGGAAUCCGCGCUGCUGAGAGGACCAAACCACACUUUUGGACAUUUACAGACCCUACACCUGUUUGACUUUACACAAGGUUGAAGUUGCAUUCACAUGUGGUUACUUUUUAAAGAGCCAAUAGUUCAGGCAUGUCCAAAGAGGAUCCCACAGGCCAAAACUUCGCUCUACAGAGGAUCUAAUUUGUAGUCACAAAUGAGUUAUCAGAAGUGGGGAUGUACUGAUUCAAUACUGAUCGGUUAUUAGCGCAGAUCCUGAAAAAUUUGCUGGAUUGGAUAUUGGCUUUCAAAUAUCGGUUCAGUCGAUAUCCUGGAUGGGCAUAUAAACUGAUGUAACUGCUGGUCGUUGUUGGCCCAGAAAGUCUCAUAAUGUUUGAAUUUCUAUUUACACAAAGCUGUUCUGUAGUAACUCGAGAGAUAAAUAACAGCUACUUAACAUGGAGUAUAAGGGUCACUUAAAAAUAUAUAUAUUAUGUGGGCGCUGCGAGAAUAAAGUUGUAAUUUUAGGACAAUAAAGUCGCAGCCAAAUAAAGACGUAAUUAAAAAUAAUACCAAAAAUAAUGUCGACUAAUAAUUUAGGGCUCGAUGCCAAAGCUAUUAGACAGAUUGCCACCUGCAGAGUUUGUCGCACCGUGGGGCUCAUUGGGCAGAACACAAGCUGUACUCUGAGCCACAAAGAGGUGGAGGACUGUCAGCCCCUCAUUAUGAGCUUGUGGAGCUGUGCGCACAGGGCAGUUUAGGUUUUAUGCACCAAUUAUAAUGUAGCCCAAUCCUUAUUUCCACCUCGCUGUCCUGUUUCUGUCUCCAAAUGUUUAGUCCAAGACACAGAGCUGAAACUGGUUUUAGUCUGUGAUCCCAAAUUCUUUAAGCGGAAUCAACCACAGCAUACUGUCCUCGCUGUUCCACAGUGAGGGUCUGAAGCACUGCGUACACCCUGUAUCUGUGGAUGUUCCAUGUACACUGGAAACAAGUGUAAACAAGGGUGGAAAACUCAGUCAAGAGACAGAUUUGGUGAAAAUCACCCAGGAGCGCUCAGCCACCGCAGAGCCGCAUGGGGGUCGUUCCCGGGAAAAUGAUUUAACAGUUGUUAAUGUUUAAAAAGGCAGCAAUAAAAAGUUAAAUGUCCAUCAUAUGUCAUUUUAAACUUUUAACUGAAAUAAGGGCAAAUCUUUUGCACUCUGGUUGUGAUGGUCAAUUGCUCUACUGGGUUUUAACAUGUCAGACGCUAAAUCUGGAUAAAAUAACAGCUUUAAUUUAACUAACACUUUAUUCUUGUAAAAUUACAAUUUUAAUAUUGUAACCCUUAUACUCCGUUGUACAUUUGGAUCAGUUUUGUCUUGUGUUAUUUUUGUUAAAAGGAAAUAAAUGAUGGUAGCAGCAGAUAUGCCAUUGUAUUAAAAUCCUGUGAGAUCAUCAAAUUAAACAGAAAAGGUAGAAAUGGUAAUGGUGGUCAAAUGCACUGAUGUUUUGAACUAUAAACACAAUAAUGUGACUUUUAACUGACCCAAGUUUAAGUCGUCUUAAUGGUCCUGGUUUAUGUAUGUUUAGGCCGGCUUACUUUUCCUAGUCCUAAGUUUCUCCACAGCUGCAAAUCUGUCAAGGUAACUUUUUCUUUAAACUGUUAGUUGAGUUUUCGUUACCCUGCAAGUAUAAGCAUCACAAACCCGGAUCCCCCCAAGUCUGAGGUCUUGUGAAGAAGUUAGAAGACAACAAACACAGUACAAGAAACAGCAGGACUUUUGAUUAUUUGAAGUACUGCUACAGUAGGGGGUGCUCCACAGGAAAAAAAAAAAAGUUACAUAGUUCAGCUUUAAUAUCAGAAACCAAUGUAAUCCUGUGCCUGUGUAUUAUUUGACCAUUAUUGGACCAUGUUUGCUUAUGUGUGUGUGAGAAGCAUGAAGCACUUUAUGAGGACUGUGCCGCUGGGACACUUGGGUGGAGGUCUCCUGUAGCACUUGUAGAACCAGCUUGUAGCAACAUAAUUUACCACAAUGUGUAACUUCUUGUUUUCUUUGACUAUUCAUUCAUAUAUGAAAUAUUGUGAAAUAAAUGUGUUUUUACAAUUU